AUGGAAGGCAUAUGUAAAGCAAUGCAUGGGGUGAAGGCUGGGAUGUUAAUGGUGGUGGUUCAAUUUGCAUUUGCUGGGGUCAAUGUGUUCUACAAACUGGCCUCCAAUGAUGGAAUGAGCUUGAGGGUUGUUAUCGCCUACCGCUUCAUUUUCGGAACCGUUUUCGUUCUUCCAAUCGCUCUGGUUUUCGAGAGGAAAAAAAGGCCGAAGCUGAGUUGGGUAGUGCUCUUCCAAGCAUUUUUGUGUGGGCUAUUUGGGGGAUCAUUAGCUCAAAACUUGUAUAUUGAGAGCCUAUACCUAACGUCGGUAACAUUUGCUUCGGCCCUCACUAAUCUAAUUCCGGCCAUUACCUUCAUCCUCGCAGUCUUGUUCGGGCUAGAGAAGCUGAAUGUGGGGACAAGAGUAGGGAAGGCAAAAGUGUUGGGAACAUUAAUUGGAAUAGGUGGGGCGAUGGUGUUGACUUUCUAUAAAGGCGCAGAAAUUGAGAUUUGGUCUUCUCAUGUUAACCUUUUGCAUCACCCACAAAAUCAAACUCACCCUAAAGGAUCCGAAAAUCACGUUUUGGGUUGUUUAUUGGCAGUAGGAAGUUGUUCCUCUUUUGCCCUCUGGUUAAUCAUUCAGACUAAAAUGAGUGAGAAAUAUCCAUGUCAAUUCUCAAGCACAGCUCUGAUGUGUGUGAUGGGAGCAAUCCAAGCUGUUGUUUUUGCUCUUUGCAUGGAGAGGGAUUGGAGUCAGUGGAGGCUAGGGUGGAACAUCAGGCUUCUUACAGUGUCUUAUACAGGAGUAGUGGGUUCAGGAUUAAUGGUGACUUUGAUUGCGUGGUGCGUACGCAUGAGAGGCCCUUUGUUUGUCUCGGUCUUCAACCCUCUAAUGCUCGUUUUAGUUGCCAUCAUGGGCUCUUUGCUACUCGACGAAAAGUUGCACCUUGGAAGCAUAUUAGGAGCCGCGUUGAUUGUUUGCGGGUUAUACGUGGUGCUGUGGGGUAAAGGCAAGGAGAUGAAGAAGAAUACACAACCUGAACCACCACCCUCAAACACCUCCCCAGACUCCUCUGAGUUGGUCGAUAUUGCUAUCCACCCUCCAACGGAACUAAACGUCAUCGUUUCUGCAACUACGACUGCUAGACCACUUCACCUCUCAGGCUCUCAUGAUGCCCCGGCCAAAAUUUAGUUUGAAUCUUGUACAUUUUUAGUUAAAUUGCACCAUUUUUGUCAUCUUAACAUUCAUUAGUGCUGGCCUCUAGAGAAGAUGUACCUGAUGAGGAUAAGAAACAACAUCGAUGAUCCUUCUGAUAAACAUAAACACCCAUUGUGAUAAUGUUUUGUAGCGGUUAAGUUAUCAUAUGUACAACAUGUGU